AUGGUCGCGAAAUUACUGACCACUCUUUUGGCGCUCGCCCCGUUGGGUCUGGCGAUUGAUCCGCCUCGACAGCCGCAUCAACCUGUUGGCGAGGGUGAUCGCCUACUCACUUUCAAUGAGACGAGUCCGAGCGCUAAAUUGAGACCUACUACCAUGAGUGUAGAGUGGUCGUCCGCUGGACAAGAUGGGAACUAUAUUGUUCUCGGCGACAAUGGCGAUCUUGUUCUUGAGGACAUCGUCAGCGAAGAGACAACAAAGUUCGUCACAGCCGAUAAGCUCCCCAAGGAUCUUCACGAGUAUUGGAUCAGCAGCGACGCAAAGCGCGUGCUCGUCGCGUCAAACUACACCAAGCAAUACCGCUACUCGUAUUUUGCUGAUUAUUUCAUUCUUGACGUUGAGUCUGGCGAGAGUGAACCUCUUGUGAAAGACCAAGUUGGCGAUAUUCAGUACGCCCAGUUUGCGCCGAGUGGAGAAGCCGUUGCGUUCGUGCGGGGCAAUAAUCUCUUCAUUCGUGAUGCGGACGGCAAGAUUGACCAGAUCACGAGCGAUGGGGGACCGGAUAUGUUUCACGGUGUGCCUGAUUGGGUGUACGAGGAGGAGAUUUACGGUGGACGCUCGGCGCUUUGGUGGUCGCCUGAUGCAAAGUUCCUUGCGUUCCUGAGCUUCAACGAGACCGGUGUCGGCACCUUCACUAUUCCUUACUACAUGGAUAACCAGAAGCUUGCGCCUACGUAUCCUCGUGAACUGGACCUUCGAUACCCCAAGGUUGGAUCCAAGAACCCUACUGUCGAGCUCAACAUUCUUGAUCUUUCUGGGGGCGAGUACAGGCCUGUUCCUGUCGAUGCGUUUGAGCCUGAGGAGCUCAUCAUUGGUGAAGUAGCUUGGGUCACCAAAGAUCACAGCGCUCUCAUCUAUCGCGCUUUCAAUCGUGUUCAAGACCAUGAUGCCCACGUCGUCGUCAACCCUGAGACGCUCAAGUCAAAGGUCGUUCGAGAGCGAGACGGAAGCGAUGGAUGGCUUGAGCAUACUCUCUCCAUCUCUUUCGUUGGUCCUUUGAGUUCCAAGAAGAAGGAUGCUUACUAUGUUGAUGUUUCAGACGAGGAUGGUUGGAACCAUAUUUACCUGUACCCUGUCAACGGUGGAAAGGCUAUUCAGCUUACCUCUGGAAAGUGGGAGGUCUCGACUAUUCUCAAUAUCGACACCGCCAAGAAGCUUAUUUACUUCCAAGCUUCGAAGCGACACUCUACCGAGCGACAUGUCUACAAGGUCUCGUGGGAGACUAAGAAGAUUACUCCUCUCGUUGAUGAUAAGACUCCCGGCUACUGGUCUGCAUCGUUCUCUUCCAGCGGCGGUUACUACAUUCUUCACUACCAGGGUCCCGACGUCCCUUAUCAGGAGCUUUACACCACAAACUCCACCAGCAAGCCUGUCCGCACGCUUGUUGACAACAAGGCGUUCUACAAGACCAUUAAUCAGUACAGCAUGCCCAACAUCACAUACUUUGAGCUCAAGCAUCCGGAUGGUUACUCCCUUAACGUCAUGCAGCAGCUCCCCGUCAACUUCGACCCUUCCAAGAAGUACCCCGUUCUGUUCACUCCAUACGGCGGACCCAACUCCCAGCGUGUCGCAAAGUCUUUCCAAUCUCUAGGAUGGAAGUCCUACAUCUCAUCUGAUCCUGAGCUUCAGUACAUCGUGUACACCGUCGAUAACCGCGGAACCGCCAUGCAAGGCCGCAAGUACCGCUCGCUCGUUACAUCUCAGCUCGGAAAGCUUGAGCCUCUUGAUCAGAUCUGGGCUGCGGAGGAGCUCAUCAAGAGAUAUAGUUUUAUCAACGCUGAUAAGAUUGGAAUGUGGGGAUGGUCGUAUGGUGGAUAUCUUACAGCCAAGACCGUCGAGGCAGACUCGGGAGUGUUUAGCUUCGGCCUCAUCACAGCUCCUGUUUCGGAUUGGCGCUUCUACGAUUCCAUGUACACGGAGCGCUACAUGAAGACUCUUGACGAGAACAAGGAUGGAUAUCUCGAGACUGCCGUGCACAAAGUCGAUGGCUUCAAGAACAUCGCUGGUAGUUUCAGUAUUCUUCACGGUACUGGUGAUGACAAUGUUCACUAUCAGCAUGCCGCUGCUAUGAUUGAUCUUCUCGUUGGCGCGGGCGUGUCACCUGAGAAGAUGAAGAUGUUUGCGUUCACGGAUAGUGACCACAGUAUCGUGUACAAUGGUGCUUCGCCUUGGAUUUACAAGUAUCUUACCGCUAGGCUGUAUGAUGAGGUUAAGAGACAGCCCAAGGCCAAGGCGUUGACACAUCAGUGGAACAAGAGAUGGGUGGAGAUUGUGGUGUAA